GUUAAACAUAAAUGAAAAAUCUAUAAUUUCCAUUAAGAAGAUUUUUUUCAUUAAGAUCAACUAUACCUGCAACUAUACCUAAAUUAAAAUUCGGUUUAAAUGAUCUUGAACCUAUUCUUUCUAAAAACUUACUUGAAUAUCAUUAUGGAAAACACCAUUAAACUUACAUAAAUAAUUUAAACGAUAUUUACAACUAAAUAAAAGAAGCUUCUGCAAAUAAUGAUGUGCAUAAAGUUGCCUUAUUAUAAAGUGGACUUAGAUUUAACUUGGGAGGUCAUGUAAAUCAUGCUCUUUAUUGGGAAAAUUUAGCUCCUUCUAAAUAAGGUGGUGGAUAAUUACCUGAAAGUAAUUCGCCUUUGACUUUAGCAAUUACUUAAAAAUGGGGUUCAUAUGAAAAUUUUAUUGCAGAAUUUAAUAAAAGAACUGCUUCUAUUUAGGGAUCUGGAUGGGGAUGGCUUGGAUAUGACACUGUAAGUAAAACUUUGAGAAUGUUCGAAUUAGGAAAUUAAGAAAUGCCUGAAUGGAAUAGUAUUGUUCCUCUUUUAACUAUUGAUGUAUGGGAACAUGCUUAUUACUUAGAUUAUUAGAACUUAAGAGUUAAAUAUUUAACUGAAAUAUGGAAAAUUAUUGACUGGAAAGUUGUCGAAUAAAGGUAUAGAGAAGCUACUAAAUAAUGA